CCACAGGAUUCUCCACAACCUACACGCCAUGCUGGACCUGGGGCUCUUGCACGAUCAGGCGGAGCUGCAGAAGCUUGCGGAGGCGCCAAAACUGCCCGAACCACAUCCGCGGCACGAGGCAAAGCGCCGGCGCGUGAAGGAGCCGCAGGAGCCCACGCGGAAGUUGGAGCCCCGCCACGCGAAGGCCCCUAAUGGAAGCGGCGGUGCCGCUGCGGCGGCCGCGGCUGCAGCAGGCGAGCCCGGCGGCGGUGUCCAGACGCCGCGGCGGCAGCUCCCUACCGCCGGGAGCCGCAGCCGGCAGCACCAAGCCCAUCCGCCAGCCGCUGAUGAUGAGGGUGCCGCCGGCGGGAGACACGGCAGCGAGGAAGAGGACGCGGUGGGGAACCGUGCCGCGCAGCAGGCGAAGAAACUUCGGGAGCUUGAGGUGCAAGGGCUGGCGGCGUUUGAUGAGGACAGCGCCACAUUCAAUGUGUGCGGCUCCACUGGGAACACCUACACGGUGACGCUAAGCAACGGCAAGCCCCACUGCAGCUGCCCCGACCACCGGUUUCGCCGCCACGACUGCAAGCACAUUAAGCUGGUGCUUGCCAAGCUGCGGAUCCAACGUCGGCCGAAGGACUGGUUCGAGGCGGUGCAGCGCCUGUCCACCAGCGGCGACUCAGUAACAGGCAGGUUGGAUGCAGCAGAGGCAGCACAGGCGGCGGAAGCGGAAGCAGUUGAGGCGGUGACGGAGGUGACGGCAGCUGCUGAUACGCAACAGGGCGCAGCACAGCCCGCCACUCCUGAUGUGGCGGGCAAUCCUGGGAGCAGUGGCCGCGCCCGGGCCGCCCGUGGCGGCCGCAGCCAGCAGCGGCGGGGGGCAAAGGAUGGGAGUGCGCGGCCGCGGCGAAAGGCCAACGGCAACAAUAGCGAGAGUGGCGAGGCGUAGAUAUAGCUGGGAGCCUGGGGCGUGUGCCGGCAAGCCGGUGCGUGGCCUAGUUCAUCCCAUCGCUGCAAGCAAGCCUGACCAUGUAUGCCAGGAUGCAGUCGCAAUUAAGGACACAUU